AUGCUCAGUGUGCCUCCACCCUUCAGCCGUCCGAGAUAUGCGCAGAAGGCAGCUGAUAAGGCGCACAAGCACUUCGCGUCCGGCUAUGGAGAUCACCUCUCCCUGCUGAACGCAUAUCGAGCAUACGUGGACUGCGGAUCCAAAGCCGAGUUCUGCCGGGAGCACUUUCUCUCUGAGCGGAAUAUGAGGCAGGCCGAGAAUGUCCGGAAGCAGUUGGCCAGCCUGGCUCGGAAGAGGCCAUCCAGGGCGCCAUCCUUCGCCAGGCUGACCACCAGCAUUCGGAAAGCCUUCGUGGAAGGCUUCUUCAUGCAAUGUGCACACCUGGACGAGAGUGGGAAACACUACCUCACGGUCCAGGAUCAGCAGAUGGUGGCCAUCCAUCCAUCCUCGUCCCUGGGCGUUGGAACAAUCAGUGCAGUUUGGCCAUUGCGAAGCGUUGUGACACAUUUUCGGAGAGAUGCGAAUGAUGCGAAAUGGUGUGAGCGCCGUGUUGAAUGUGUGCCUGAACAGUCGCCUGAACAAUGA